AAAAACUAAAAUAAUAAUAAAAAGGUUGCAAAUAUUUUCUAGCAGAAAUGAAAACCAUGGAUUGGUAUCAUGGAUUUGUCACGAUAAAUAUGGUGAUGCUUCUACGUGUGAUGAAGGUGUUUGCAUUCACGAAGUGUGAGGUCUCAUUACUUACCCUGAGGGUAGUUGACGCAUGCCCAAUCGACGAAGAGUCAUGGAGAAAGGCGGCAGAAAGGUUCAACUGUUCUUCUAUUCGUCAGUCGUGUUCACAAUCAUCGGGAGCAAAUGCUCAACAUUUUAAGUUUCAGUAUCAUUGCGUUAUCAAUCCAUGGAGAAAUGAGACAUUAGAAGUAUGCGCACCUAAUCGCACUAUCCUUGGUUUUUGUACAGAAUUCAACGCACAGGGGGCAUUAAUUCAGGACAACUAUGAUGCACCGUGUACAAAACAUAAUCUUCCAUGUCCAACCAGUUAUAACUCAGCGGAGGCAUACAAAUACCAAUCAAGCUAUGAAAUGGUCAAAGUAAACAAAUUGAGAAAAAAGCAUGAGAAAAAGAAGAAAAAUGUUUUUGGAUAUUCAAGUUUAUCUUCAUCAAUCAGGGAUAGCUCGAAAUCUUGA